GCGACAUUCGCAAGCACUUUUUGUUGUGCCGUAAAGUACGUUUUUAUCCAGCGCUUGUCGCUUGUCGUAGUGAUAGCAAAAUGUUCAACAAGAAGCCUCGGCGAAACUUUCGACAGAGAAAAGAGGGUUCCAGUGAUGAAGAGGAACAAGAUAGGACCGUUGGGGAAGAAAAUGACAAUGAGAAAAGUUCUAUUGUGGUAAAUAGGCCACAAAAACUACCCCAAAACCGCGGCAUUUCCUGUAGCUCCAAACGGGAAGCGCCCCCUUCAAAAUCGGACAGUAGUGAUGAUGAUGAGGAGGGAGAGGGACUGGAAAUCACAGCGAAAAAACAGAAUAACGGAGGCACAAACAAAACAAACGCAGUUCUCAGCUUUUCUGUUGAAGGUGGAGAGGUGGAUUUUAAGUUGAAUAAAUCAAAAGAUAGAGCAGUGCUGUUUCAACUCAGGAAGAAGGAGACGACAGCCAAGACACAAAAACCUGCAACCAACACACCCGUUUUACAGAAGGGAGAUUCUGGCGACCAGUCUUCAAACCAUGACAGUGAUGACAAUGUUGGGAAUGCUAUGUCAGACAGUGGUAGCAGUGCUGAUGAUAAAAGUGAUGUUGAAGCCAAACCAGGUUCAUUAUCUCCACAAUCUAGUUCAGAAUCCAGCCACAGAUCUGCCCCUAAACAAGUAAUUAUUCCUACUGCCAAAGAAAUUGAAGCAGCAAGGAGACAGCGGCGUGCCAAUUUGACUAAAAAAGAAUAUAUUCCCCUGGACAAAGAUGGUUAUAGUUCAGCCGCUAGCACCCCCGAGCGCUUCAGCACAAAGGACGAAGAAGACCAAGUAGAAGAUGACAGUGAUGAGCUUGAUGAUCAUGAGAGAAGAAUUGAGUUUGCACCUCAGCCUAAAAGUGUCCGAGAGAGAAUAGCAGAGCAAAUGGGAGACAGUGAUGACAGUAUGUCCGGGACUGAUGAGGAGCAGGUGCUAUGGGAGGAAACGCAAAUUGGGAAAGGUUUAAAAAGGCGACCAGGAGAACAGAGCCCAUCUGGGAGCGAAUUGAGUAGCUACAGCAGCAGCAGCAGACCUGAACGGCAAAGGCAGAAGAAGAACAUCCCUGCUCUUCCUGAUGUCUCUGUCUCAAUGAUUAAGAAGAGAAUUACUGUAAAACUGGACUCUUUGAAAGAGGUGCACAGGGCUCGUCAGGCUGAGUUUCGGCGAAUGGAAGGAGAUAUUGAAAAUGCAAGAUGCUCUGCUGAAAAUCUAGAAGAGAGUUUAUUGGAGCUUGAGCUGAAGUUUUAUAGAGACAUGACUCUAUAUACCCAUAAUCUUGUGGAAUGCCUACGUGAAAAAAUUGUUGAGAUUAACUCAUUGGAGCUGGAGCUCCACACGUUGCUGUCAGACCAAAUGGAGUCACUGUCGUCUCAGAGACGACAGAAGAUCAAAGAACAAGCAGAACAUCUUCAACAACUGAGCUAUAAAACCGAUGAACACACUGCUAAUGGAAAAUCAAUUCUCAGUGACGCAGCUCUUACUGUAAAGAUUGAGGAGGACUUUGAUAUACCUGAUGACACAAUGCCUUCCCCUGAAGAAGAGGAGCAGUGUCAUAAACAAAUGGAGGAUAUUCUGUUGCGGUCCAAGGCUGUCUUUUCUGAUGUGAAAGAUGAUUUUUAUGAAGUGAAAAAGAUCCUGUCCCGGUUUGAGGAAUGGAGACGAGGAUCUUACUCAGACUCAUAUCAUAAUGCUUACAUCUCUCUGUGUCUACCCAAGUUACUGCACCCCAUCAUAAGGCAUCAACUCCUGUCCUGGAAUCCUUUAAAGGAUACAAAUAAAAGCUUUGAGAACAUGCCAUGGUUCACUGCAUUGGAAACUUUCUGCCAUGGAUAUGGUCAUGAAGAGCUGGAGCACACAGACCGACAGACUGUGACAAAUGUUAUAGAGAAAACAUUAUUUCCCAAACUAACAGCUUAUGUUGAGAUGAUUUGGGAUCCUAUGUCGCUACAACAGACUGGUUGUCUGACUGAUUUGUGUCAUAGACUGAAGGAAGACUAUUCCAUCUUUGAAGUAGAGCAUAGUAAACCAGUUAAGGCAUUUGUAGAUGCUGUGACUAGUCGAUUGAGAACCUGUGUUGAUGAAGACAUCUUUAUUCCAAUCUAUCCCAAAAGGUUCUUGGAGGAUUUGUCUUCUCCACAAUGCCAUUUUAGGGAACAGCAAUUCUGGACCGCAAUAAAACUUCUUUGUGCCAUGGGAAAGUGGGAUUUGGUGCUUUCCGAAUUUGUAUUGAAGGAACUGAUGUUGGAUAAACUUCUCUGUCGGUACAUUAUGAUCACCUUAGUUAACUCUACAGGAACAAGAAUUCAAGCGUGCAAAAAGAUUGCCGAAAGCUUGCCGUCUUCUUGGUGCACUGGAGAAAAUACUUUACCUCAGCUUCAGUCUUUCAGAAACUAUUUGGUUGAGAUGGCUCAUUCUGUUUGUAAACAACAAUCUCCAAAGGAACCCAUUACAAAAUCCUCUGUGACCGAAGUUCUGAAGAUUUUAAGUCGUGUUAGGUGCUAUGACUCUAUAAUGGCAAUAGCUGAGAAAUAUCACUAUGAGGAUGUCAUCUAUACUCAUCAGCUGUUAAAUCAGGAUACAGUUUGAAUUUUGACUCAAAACAGCCAGUACAUAACCACAAAGGGCUUUGUGUACUGCAAAAGAUUAUUUUGUAUACCAUCAAGAGGAGUUUAACAUGCAGCUGCAUUUGAUUAUUGUUGUGGUAAUCUUAAUAAAUAUAUAUUUUUAAAAAUGUGAUAAGCUGUGAUAUUCAGUGAUAUGCUGAAAUUGAUAGAGCUGUCACAAUGCAGAUUCAAAUUGUAUAU